CGUCUACAUUCUGCAUAUAAACAACUCGGCAGGCUAAGAGUGAAACUAUUGCUAUACAAUUGUAACUCCAUAGCAGCCUAGCAUAUUACAUCUUCACGAACAUUGAAUAUACUUGAUUUGUAAUAGAGUAAAUCAUAACCAUGGAGACACUGAACGAAAUUGAUCACCUCCAAUCGUCUGGCUUUGGUGGACCCCGGCCUAGACACGGCCUUCAACUCCUUCACUGGUUCUCCAACGACUAUGUCACAUUCAACAACGACAGCGAGAUGGUGACAGUGCGCAACCCUAAGAAGAAGGCGUUUGGCUUCCACCGCUUCUUCGACAACAUAGAGGAGCAUGAUGGCCAAUGUAACCAACUGCUACCAGAACAGGACUUACCAUACUACGAAGUGGGAAAUCUGAAUGCUGCAGGGUCUGAGAACCUGCCUGAUUCUGUCAUCCAAAACCACACAGAAAACAAUGAUGACAGCAACAUAGACCGGAUCAUCAUCAGCCUCCAGUCAGACCGUGUGUUGGACAGAAUCUACGUGACCCAACAUGAUCAUCACAGAGGUGCUUUUGACCCCCAGCGCACCUAUCGCAUCAGUAAGGGGUUGAUCAGUAUCAUCCGUAAUCUGGACCUGGAUGAUCUCCUGGAGCAGACUGGAUACUCACUUCCUUGUCCUUCCUCCAUGGACACACUUAACGAAAUGAGACACCUCCAGUCAUCUGGCUUUGGUACACCCCGACCUAGACACGGCAAAUAUCUCCUUCACUGGUUCGCCCACGACUACGUCAAAUUCAACAAAAAGGGUGAAAUGUUGACAGUGUGCAACCCUGAGAAGAACGUGUUUGGCUUCCACCGCUUCUUGGACAAGAUAGAGGAGCAUGAUGGCCAGCGUAACCAACUGCUACCAGACCAGGGCUUACCAUACUACGAAGUGGGCAAUCUGAAUGCCCCUGGGUCUAGGAACCUACCGCGUUAUGUCCGCAAAAACUACAUAGGACACAAUGACGACAGCAACAUAGACCGGAUCAUUAUCAGCAUGCAGUCAGACCGUGUGUUGGGCAGAAUCUACGUGACCCAACAUGAUCAUCACAGAGGUGCUUUUGACCCCCAGCACACCUAUCGCAUCAGUAAGGGGUUGAUCAGUAUCAUCCGUAAUCUGGACCUGAAUGAACUCCUGGAGCAGACUGGAUAGUCUUAAGACGUUUCCCACCUGGCCCACAAAUGUUUUCCCACAAAUGUAUACUUGGCAUGGGUAUGACAUCAUGUCUUCGAUGUUCCCCAUACAUUGUGUAUUGUAGGAAAUUGUGAAUGUUUUUAUUUAGAUAAAGGGCCUUGUUUUCAGAUGUUUCACAUCCUGACACAUUUUUUGUUAUUUUUCCCCAACCAUUUCACCUGUGUGGUGGAAUUUCUACCUUUAACUAAUAAUGAGGAGAGGCAAAAUCAAUAAUCAAUCAAGGUAUUACUUUUAUUAAAAACGUAUUAUAAUAAGGAGGCUGGUCGCACCACCCACGCAGGUGAAAUGGAGUGGGAGCCUCCUGUACAAAGAGUACAGGAGCAUUUAUAUAGUCAAGCUAUCCCAUGCAUGCAUCUGCAAAACACGUGACCCUAUGUAUGUGUAUGUGUGUGUGAGGGGAGAAAACUGGGUGAAAAGGUUGUCUCGGUCUGUCGCAACUGAGAGAGGACAACAGGGGCCAGAAUGACAGGAAGUCACUCCAGAUAUACUUCCUCUAUGUAUGGGCGUACUGGCCACACAUGCAGAACACACACACACACACACACACACACACACACACACAAAACAUGAAUCUUUUGCCCAGAAAAAGGCUCCAAACAGAACAAUAGCUUUAUCACUGGUGUGCAGAAUAAUACACUUUGCCCUGUCUUCAGCUAAGCUAAGAGUAACCAGUUAAUCUCUGUCAGCUGUUGGCUGAGCGCCCAGGUAUCAUGAGGUCAUUCUACACACACAGAACAGUUAGAGAAGGCCUCGUAUUAAUACACACACACUUUUCUAUCUUAUAUGAGUUAGUUUCUUUAACUAUCUCAAGCCCAAUGCCUAUGAUUAAAGAAGGAUAAUUUAGUACACAAGCAUUAGUAAGGUUCAAUAGAAAAUGCCCUCACACCUGCAAUAGUUAUUGCCACACGCGUCGGAACUAGGAAACUGUAGUUAUACACGUGCUGCCAGUGGUCAUUGUAGCAUGUAAAUCUUAGUGGUGCAAACAACAAAAUGUUUUUGUAGAUGCAUGCCAGCAAAGCCACUACACACAACACUAAACAAUACAUUAAUUGCACUAUAACGGUGAAAACGGUGACCACAAACUGUUUGGGCCGACAUAAAGCUGUCUCACCAGCAGUCCCAACACAAUACCACUGCUACACCUGGCUAUCAGCGGAGCCUUGUCUGGCAGCGAAACAGUUAAUUCAGCCUCAUUUACUGCCUUUAAAAAAAAUAUAGCUGAUAUGGCUGACUCGCUUAAACAAAUGUGGUUUCUACUGACAAUUAAGAUGUACAAACUAUGGCAUAAGGGGACGACAAGCGGAUAAGAGGGAAUCUGUAAUUUCGAUUAAGACAUUAAUGAGCGAGCUAGGACGGACGUAGUCAAAAUAAGUAUUUGUUCAGCACUUUUGAAAUGUACAGCGACAGAAUUUAGAACAUGGGUCAUUAUUACAGUAUUUUCCCUGUACACCAAGUCAGAACCUUAGGAUAAAUAAAGAGGGCAUAUAAGCAGACAAUGAAAGCUCUUACAAUACGUGUGCACCACCAAGUCAGAACAGUAGGCUAAAUUAUGAACAGCUUACUACACAACCUACACUUAGUAUUACUUUCUUAGCUGCAGGAUACAUAUCUCCCUGUCAUAUUACAUAAUUUAUGCAGCAGCAUACAAUACAUUUUUUGACUCACCCUGUUCUACUGUGAUCACUGGAACAGGAAGGUGGCGCAGUGGUCCUUCGUGGGGAAAUGUUGUCAUCAAACUUUGACAUCAAAGUCUGGCAUUCUCUGGAUGUAUGGUGCUUUCAGACAACUGGGAAAAAAACAAAGCUGAAUCAUUACGCCAGUGAUCUUCAGGUUGGAGCCCUCGAAAGAGGCCCAAGUUCCCGACUUGGAAUUCCGAGUUUAAUGACCGUUCAAAACGUAUUUUCCCAGUAGGAGCUGAUUUUCCCAGUUGUAUUGAACUCACUGAAGUCUGACAUUUCCCAGUUCUGAGUUUCCAGUUGUUUUGAAUGCGGCAGAAAUCAUGAUGGAUUGACAGCAUGGCAAAUGUUGAAUGUUUAUCCUUUUAAGCUUGUAAAAGAAACCCUUAAACUGAGACUUGGACUACACACCCACUUCACUGAAUAGCAGGCUUGUGAUUGCUUUGCCGUUAGACACUGAUUCCUUCCAACCACUUAUUGUUGAAUUUUUCUAAUUCCAACUUGUUGUGUAAUGUUUAUGUCCAAUGGCCGAUAAGCAUCGAUACAUUUUAUCUAUAAUUUCUCUUCAUAAUUUCUCUCUAUAUGACAAGGAUUUGAAAAGGAUUUCCCAGUCGAUUAUUGACUUGAUUCAUGAUGACUGCUAGCUUGCUACUAAGAUUUUGAAAGUAUGAUGUUGUCAUGAUCAGUCCAAUCAAAGCUAUGGUAGAGAUAACAUGAUUUGACGUCAUUUUAUCUGUGGCCCAUGACCUUGAGCCUUCUUGGAUGGGCACCUAUAAUGUAACUCUAUGGCAGCACCGAAGGGGCUUGAAUUUUCAAGCUCUCCCCGUAGAUUUUGCGGUGAUGUAGUGUCCCCAUGAGUGACAGAACACUGAGCCAAUCACGGCGUAACUAGAGAACAUUACCAACCCCUACACUUCGUAUUUUCCGCUGGCUGCCCCACCACCACAGAAUGCACUAAGCUAGGCUGAAACACCUGCAUUUUGGAACAGCCUUGCUCAAGAAAGCAAAAAAUAGACAAUUUUUGUAUGCGGCUUUAUUAACAUUUUUUAAAUAUUUGAUUUACAUUGUUUGCAAACUGAUAUGUGACACGUAUCAAUGCCAAAAUAACAUGCAAAACAGGCACACAAAAACAGUUACUUUUUUAAAGCUAAACGGGUGGGUCUCAAAACAGGUGGGUCUCUGCCCCACCUACCCUGAAUGACGGGUUGCCACUGCGUGCUGCAUUCAAACAAUUAGCAAGUCAGAAAUGUCUGAGGUUCCUAGUUCUGACAAGCACGUGAACACGGCAUAAGUGUGUGUGUGUGUGUGGGGGGAUUAAUGUUUCUAAUAAAAUAAUUGAUUAGUUAAUGAGUUGUUUUUUAUUUAAAAUGUUUAGUACAAAAUGUUGAAUGUAUCAAUAACAUUUGUCUCAAAACAUUCCAAAACCAAUGACCGGGAAAUUCUGUUUUUUAACAUGAAAAAAUCAACACCACACUUUGAACAACAGCCUAUACUGUACUGUUAGACCAUUUUUUCGUUAUUCAAAUUAAAUAAAACUUAUUUACAUCAAAUAAUGUUUUACAAAAGUAAAUAAAUGAUCCAUUUAUCUGAAACCUGGGUCGUUCCACCAAUUAGGUGCCUUUUGAGUAGUGUAACCUCAUUUUAAAACUCUGUCUUAAAGAGCACAUGUUCAACUUAAAACCCCUUAAAGUCUAAGGGCCCAGGUGUAAGUCACACAACCAGUGCUGGACAUGGAGAACCUAACUUGCUAUUUAUCUAACUUUUCUAUCUCUGCAAUUUUGUGUUUUCCAGACUCACGUAAGUUGUUGGCUGACCAAGAUCUGUUUUAUUUCAGUAACUAUAACUAAAGUCUAAGGGCCCGGGACUGGGUUUCUACGAAGCUAACAUACGGAAUUAUUUUAAGAUGGUCAUACCAAGGAUCAUUUAGCUAUUUCAUUUUUAUGUAUCAAAAUAUAUUUUGGAAAUUAUUUGAUGAAACAUUGAAUUUGGCCUUACUGCUAUUAGCCCAUAGAAACACAUGAAAUAACAGAUUCUGACAUGGAGAAAAUCUAAAGGAGUUCUGUUUUUGAAGUGUCUGUGCUAUAUCUGAGAGAGACCCGAAAGCUCAUAAAAAAACAAUAAUUAGUGUAAUUACCCGUAUACCUUUCACGUGGAAAUGCCUUAUUCACUUCCAUUCAUUUUUUAGUCCCGGUCCCGGGACACCUUCAGAUGAGUCCCAUGACGCCUUGUGGGGUUGUAAAACAAAACACCAUCAUGCUCAUGAGUGUUAUCUUGCCCCUCAGUCUGGAGCUACCCCUCAGUCCGGAGCUCCCCCUCAGUCCAGAGCUGCCCCUCAGUCCGGAGCUGCCCCUCCGUCCGGAGCUGCCCCUCCGUCCAGUGGCACCCUCUAGGAUGGUCUUCAGUCCGGGACCCGCUGCAAGGGUCCCCGCUCCAGAGGGUCCACCAAAGCGGGUUAUGACUAUGGUGAAGUGGGGUCCACGUCCCGCGCCGGAGCCGCCACCGCGGACAGAUGCCCACCCAGACCCUCCCCUAUAGGUUUAGGUUUGCGGCCGGAGUCCGCACAUUGAGGGGGGGGGGGGGGGGUACUGUCACUCCCUGACCAUAGUUUGCUUUGUAGGUUUUAUGUUUUGUUUGGUCAGGGUGUGAUCUGAGUGGGCAUUCUAUGUUGUAUGCCUGGUUUGUCUAUUUCUAUGUGUUUGGCCUGAUAUGGUUCUCAAUCAGAGACAGGUGUUUUGCGUUGUCUCUGAUUGGGAACCAUAUUUAGGUAGCCUGUUUUGUAUUGUGGGUUGUGGGUUAUUGUCUAUGUUAUUUGCUUGUGUCUGCACUUGUUGUUCUAUAGCGUCACGUUCAUUUUGUUGUUUUAUACGUUUUUCCAUUGUUCUUCGUUAAUAAAUAGAAGAAUGAAUUCA